AUCUCCAGUCUUAGGUUUUGAAUUUUGAAUCAAUAUGAAGUCUUUCGCUCUUCUGCUGCUGCUCUGCUGCCUGAUGGCCAGUGCCUUGGCCGCACUCAAGUCGCCUGUCUGUGGAGAGGAGUUUGGAAAAUUGGGCAACUGUAAGUCGCAGCAGAAUAAGUGGACCUAUCGCAAGGACAGCAACGAGUGCCUUCAGUUCGUCUACAGUGGCUGCCACGGCAACAACAAUCUGUUCGACAGCAAGAAAGUAUGUGAACAGACCUGCAAGCUCUAGGACACCCCAUAAGACACACUAUAAGUAGCUGUAAUAUGAAUAAAUUUGAAAGAUUUGUAUCCUAAUAUGA